GGGGCGGGGCGAGCGCGUCAGCCGGGCUAGAAAAGGCGGCGGCCGGGCGCGCGGGGUGACAGCCGCCCCAGGACGCCGGCCGGGCCCCGCCGCCGCCGCCGCCAUGAGCGCCGCGCUCUUCAGCCUGGACGGCCCGGCGCGGGGCGCGCCCUGGCCCGCCGACUGCGGCGCCUUCUACGAGCCGGGCGGGCGCGCGGGGAAGCCGGGCCGCGGGGCCGAGCCGGGGGAGCCGGGCGCCGCCGCGCCGGCCAUGUACGACGACGAGAGCGCCAUCGACUUCAGCGCGUACAUCGACUCGAUGGCGGCCGUGCCCACGCUGGAGCUGUGCCACGACGAGCUCUUCGCCGACCUCUUCAACAGCAACCACAAGGCCGGGCCCGCGGGCGGCGCGGCGGCGCUCGAGCUGCUGCCGCCCGGCGGCCCCGCGCGCGCCCCGGGCCCCGGCCCCGCCGCCCCGCGCGCGCUCAAGCGCGAGCCCGACUGGGGCGAGGGCGACGCGCGGGGCUCGCUGCUGCCCGCGCAGGUGGCCGCGUGCGCGCAGACUGUGGUGAGCCUGGCGGCCGCCGCCGCGCAGCCCACGCCGCCCGCCUCGCCCGAGCCGCCGCCGCCGCCGCCGCGCGCCAGCCCGGGCCCCGCGCCCCCCGGCGCCCCCCGCGACCGCGCCGCCGGCAAGCGCGGCCCCGAGCGCGGCAGCCCCGAGUACCGGCAGCGGCGCGAGCGCAACAACAUCGCCGUGCGCAAGAGCCGCGACAAGGCCAAGCGGCGCAACCAGGAGAUGCAGCAGCGGCUCGUGGAGCUGUCGGCCGACAACGAGAAGCUGCGGCGGCGCGUGGAGCAGCUCACGCGGGACCUCGCCGGCCUGCGCCAGUUCUUCAAGCAGCUGCCCGGCGCGCCCUUCCUGCCGCCCGCCGCCGACCCCGGCGCCCGGUAACCGCGGCCCGCCCGCCGCACGGACUCGCCAACCACCCAUACCUCAGCCCCGACGGGACGGGACGGCGCCCGCCGCGGGACGGGACGCCGCGGGACGCAGCCCGCCACGGGACUCACGCCCGCCCGCCACGGGACACAGCCCGCCACGGGACUCACGCCCGCCCGCCAUGGGACGCGCAGCCCGCCCGCCACCGGACUCAUGCCCGCCCGCGGGGCCGGACAGCGGGGGAGCCGGGACCCCCGGCGGGCGCCGGGCCGCGCACGGAGCCCCCGCGGCCCCUAAGUUAUUGCGGCGCCGAGGCCCCGAGGCCCCGCGCCGCGGCCCCAGCCCCGGAGGCCCGCGCGCCUCCCCCGCCCAUUUUUACGGUGUUUGUAAUAAAGCCGCUUUCCAACCGCG